AUGGACCUUCUCGUGCUAUCGCUGUUGUUAUUCUUCGGCGUUUGUGCAGGUCAAGAAAAUAGCGACGCUGAGGCUUGCAGUACGUGCAGCGGCGGCGCGUCAAUCGUUGACGCUACCGCUCGGGGCAGCGCUACGACAGUAUACUUGCCCACAAAUGCUGUACUUCACCAGUUCCUGAAUACUACCGGAAUGGACCCCGACUCUCUUGUGGCGGCGGAGAGUGAGGGCCUGGCUGCCAUUACUAGCCCCGACACCAACGUAUUUGCGUCAGUCCUCAUCGUGCCGGGCAGUACUGACAACUCGGUCAUGAGUAUGAUAAACCAGUCCGAAUCAAACCUCCGUGGCGAGUUAUCUGGUCGCACGCAGCUCAUGUACAAUUGUACGUCAGCUCCAACACUUUGGAAUUUACUCGAGGACGUGAACGUGUUGAACCUGACCAGCUUGCAGCUUUUUGAUAACGAUGCAACCGCUGAUAAAAUCCUCAAUUUUCGUGAUGGAGACAAAAAUCUGGUGGAGGAACAGCGUGACAUCGUCGCACUUAUCUCUAUCCAAGUUGCAGAUUGCUUGGCGAUGCAAAAGUCGUCAAUUGGAAGACCAGUGUUGGGAAACUCGUUCUUUGGCGCCAUUUUUGACAGCUCUCCAACAUAUUUUUACAGUUUGAGCAGCACGGUCCUGAAAGCCAACAGCAGCUUCGAAGGUAUGGACCAGUGUGUGCUGCAGCUUGAGAUGGCCCGAGCAUCCUUAGCAGAGGUCUAUCCAGAUUGCAAGAUUAAAUUCCACGCGACAGACCUAAAUAACUUCGUUGCUGUUUCCAGUUUUGGGUUUGUGAAGGAUCCGUCAUGUACGUACAAGUGUGGAUCUUCCGGGGCGGAUGUCGACCAGUGCUUGGCGUCCAAUGGAAAGGGUGGAUGGAAUGUAGUGCAGUGUCAAAUGCAAUUCUAUGAGUUGCACAGUGAUUUCGACUUUGAAUGUGGCGACAAAACUGGUCCACCGUACAAUAUGGUUGCACCCCUCGCUAGCCAAUGCUACGAUUGCUACGAAACGACGUCGAGCUGUACGUCUGGCUAUACUACUAUCUCGGGUGUGGGUUGCUGUCGGAAAUUGAGUUGUGUGGCGAUGGAUUCGACACAAUUGGCAGCACCACCGCUUCUAACUUGGAAUUUGGAGGCUGACGCACGCACGAUUACUAACCCAGCUUUCCCAAUUUUCGAUAAUGGAUACUGCUCCGAUGAUACGGACCCAUCAAGUAGUUGCUGUCGUAUCACGUGCAUUAAUUGCUUUCUCAACAUCUCGGUUCUAUCGUUUUCUGCUGACUUGGACUCAUACUCUUCCCCUAAAGAGUAUUCUACGACAACCGAGGUGCAGUUAGCAGGCACUUCGGAGAUGAUAUUAAAGGUUUUUGCGCCAAACGGGUGCGUGGUGGAAACUAGCGACACUGUUGCAACCAUCGCUCUCAGCUCGUCUCUUGGCAGCGGAAUGCCUUUAGAAGCCCAGCUUACUUUGGAUAUUCUCAAAAAGCUCAACAUGCAGCCUCAUCGGUCCGAUAUUGAGUUCGGUGCCACUAACGAGAUCCGAAGUCUCUCAACAGGGUCCGUACGUUCCGACCAAAAGUUCUUUGAUAUUCAAGUAAACAGUAAAACUUCUCAAGAUCCGACGCCAACCGGUGUUGACAUCGACCUGGAGGUCGACGUGAUCCCUACUGUGACAGUGGCAAUCAACUUCUUUAAUGCUGUAGCAAAAAUUGGGGUCACGACGAAACUCUCUCUCUUCACACAACUACAAUCUAACAUCGGUUUCCCCGAUUCACGUACAAAUUUGUCGACGAAGUAUCUGAAUGAAGCCUCAAUGUUUCAGGGAGGAGACUGUCGAUUGGAGCAUUUCAUGGAGUACAAUGGAUUUGCUGGGUAUAAAGACAUCACAGUUACAUUACCGACAUCGCUUAAUGUCCCCGAUGUUGCUACAGCAGAUUCUGAACCUAUGCUACUGUCAUCUUCCGAUAGUACAAGCACAAACCUGGUCAGUGGUUGUAUUUCCGCCGUCUACAACGCCCAGGUCAAACUGUUUACAAGGCUGGACGGCGCAACAUUACUAUCCGACAAAAAACAAACUGCACUCAAGAAUAUCCUGACGUGGGCGCUUGGUAUUCCCGAAGUUGAUCCGAUCUUCGUUUCUAUCGUCGCGGUUUCUAGUGCAACAGGUGAAAUAUCGGUACAGAUUGCCAUACCACCCUCACUUUCGGCCACCUACCCGACAGCAUCGCUCCUCGAGACGCAGCUCUACAAAACGGCAAGGAGUUCCAACUUUUCAGCUCUUGUUAGUUCGUACGUGGGUCUUGAUCUUGCCUCACGCUGUGAAAGUGGCUGGAAAGGCACGAGUUGCACGAGGGAGUGCUCCUUAUCGCACUGCGCCGUCAAUUCUACUGUCUGCAAUCCCCUCAGCGGCGCUGUGCUCUCGUGCGAUACUUGUGAUGACGGAUGGUGGGGGGCUCUUUGCCAAACUCAAUGCUCAUCGACAAACUGCUCAGUCGGAUCUGUAAGCUGCAACGUUGUCACUGGAGCCGCUAUUUCGUGCCGCGAUUGCAACGAUCGCUGGUGGCCGUGGCCUCUAUGUGAGAACCAGUGCUCGUCACGGCAGUGUCCUAUCGGCUCAGUCAGUUGCCACAGCUCUAACGGCACAGCUUUAUCUUGCAGUUCCUGCUACGACGGAUGGUGGGGAACAACUUGUCAAACUCGAUGUACUUCUGCUAAUUGUCCGAUAGGCUCGGUGAGUUGCGACGCUGUGAGCGGAAAGCCGACCUUGUGCAGCUCUUGCGAUCGCGGGUGGUGGCGACCGACUUGUCAAAAUCAAUGCGCGUUUGCACACUGCAGCGUUGGGUCCGUUAGCUGCGACUCGAACAAUGGCUCUGUCAUCUCGUGUAGUUCCUGUGAUGACGGAUGGUGGGGACCAACUUGCGAGAAUCGGUGCUCCUCAACGCAUUGCCCAACUGGCACUGUAAGUUGCGACUCUGCCACCGGUGAAGCCAUUUCGUGCAGUACCUGCAACGAUGGAUCGUGGGGUGAAAAGUGCGAAAAGCAAUGUUCUUCGCCGCACUGUCCGGUCGGUUCUGUAAGUUGCGAUUCGGUGAGUGGAGUUGCUUCUUCUUGCAAGGAUUGCAACCAUGGCUGGUGGGGGACAACAUGUCAAACUCAGUGUGCAUCAGAGCACUGUCUGGUUGGCUCUGUUAACUGUAACGCUAUGGAGGGCUCAGUCAGUUACUGCGAUCAGUGCGAAGAAGGUUGGUGGGGCAACUCCUGCGAGUCACAAUGCAGUUCAGACCACUGUCCUGUUGGCGGCGAAGCUAUUUCUUGCGGCUUUUGCGAGGAAACCUGGUGGGGUAAGACGUGCGAUCAGCGGUGUGCUUCGGACCACUGUUCAGUCGGCUCUGUCAGCUGUGACUAUGCAACUGGAGUUGCCUCCUCUUGCAGCGACUGCGAGGACGGGUAUUGGGGGGACAUGUGCGAAAAUGAAAUUGCCCUCCCGGAUCACUGCACCAGAGCCAGAAGCCGGCAGGACGAUGGAUCUCCCUUCAGGUGCUUGGCGUGCGAGCACGGCUACUGGGGGCCGAUGUGCGAGUAUUCGUGCGAGAUCCCGCUGCGGUGCAGAACCUCCCGCUGCGUGCAAGAUACGGGAGAAAUUACGAUGUGUCUGUUAUGCAACUACGGGUGGCAUGGGCGGUUCUGUGGCAGCAAGCUCGGGAAGCCUUGGCCGUAG